AUGGUAGUCCGUCCUAAUGAAACUUUGUAUAGUCUUGCCGAUAAACUAGCGGAUAUCGACGAAAAAACCAGAGAAUCCUCUAACCAUAUCUUAUCAGCUAGGUAUCUUCUUAUUGACGAGAAAAUACCUACUGUGUUCGACUACUGGGUGAAAGAGGCCAAAAACUACAGCCUUUUUGAAACUAUCAAAAACAUAACUCCAGCUAAUGCCAGUAUUCUCCAGCCUAUUCUUUUAAACUCGAUGUGUAUUACAGAGAGUGCUGUCAUAGAGAUUCUUGAUGGGUUGGUGGUGCAUGAUGGCCGUUUGGUGCCAGUUUCAUCAGUAGUAGACUCGAAUUCAAGUCUAGCUGAUGACAGUUUGACUCGUCGUGAUUCGGUUUCAUCACGCCCGGGGUUAUCUGAUGUAGAAACCGAUCCUCUUCUUAAUCCUGGUCCAGCCCGAGCCCCUUCUAAUCAUGAGUUGCUCACAGCAGAUAGGACCUCAUCACCGGCCGACCCUGCUUUAGUUCAAUCCUGUGCUGACCAAGCUCUAUCCAACCGAUCCCCAUCCAAUCUGUCUCUCACCAACAUCUCACCAACCACGCCACCUACUGACCAGCAUGCUGAGAUAAUCAACCUAGCCAACAUCUCGCCCAGUACUCACUCCAGUCAAGAUAAUGAUAACCCCAUACCCACCAAUGUUGCUCGACAGCACAUUUAUGUCAAACUAUCGGCAUACCUCUGGUCUGAGCUGACCUGCAGAGCCGGAAUGUACAUUUACGCCUACAACCAAAAGAAGAACUUCCCUAUAAACCCUGCGAAGACGCUGGAGCAGAUUUGGCGAGCCCUAAAGAUUUCGGUGCAUGUUCCCACCCAACUCAGUGUCCUUCAUAAAUGGGUAAGUUUAGGAAUGCUUACUUCCAGCGCUUACCACGAUGUCACUCCACUCACUUUAGAAGAGGUUUACGCGAAAAUAGGGAAGCGAAACAUUCCAGAGCUAGUGGACGAGUUGGGCUCAAAAAUAAGCCUUGCUCUGUCCAAGGACAUUCUGCCCUCCAAAAGCAGCUUGGCUUUGCUCAAGGGUAUGCACGAGCAUGCGGCCGAAAUAGUCGCCUCUGAGCUCUUUGGCAUCGAGCAAGAAGAAUAUAUUCGGGCCGAGAAGGCUUUCCGUGAGCUAGCCAAUCUCGCGCAUAACACCAAUACUAACCCCACGCUAGCCAAAUCCAUCGAAGCUACAGAAGCGGUUGAGGGGCCCACUGAGGCCCAGCUUGAGAAUGAAGCGAUAAUACAGCAGUUUUUGGUCAUGUAUCAGAAAGCCCUGGAGGAUGCUGAUACCGGCGCGUUUGCUGCCAAGAGUGGUAAAGGCCGACAGCAUCUGCAUCGAGAGCAAACAACAGCGCAAAUGAUGCUAAUUGGCUUGGGAGUGCAGCCUGAUACAACUACUCUCGAUCAAAGUCUGGUGGCUUUGCUGAUAACUCGUUUUGCUCUGACUUUGAUCAUGGCGUCGUUAGUGGCAAUGGAAAGUAUUUUCUCGUUAUUCCAUCCAUACGGCGCAUGGUACAUUGCAGACUGUGCAUUUAAGGCAAUUCUGGCUAUUUUGGUAGCUGUUUUGAUUAGUGUUCUUUUGCAGCUUGUGCAGCCUAUUGAUCAGCGUCGUGGGGUUAUCAAAGCUAUCAAAGAGCACUGGCUGCGAAUUGGUCUGAUCUUUUUGGGUGGGAUGUGCAUUGGCUUCCUGCUAAGCAUUAAGUUUACCAAUGAUGUACAAAACAUUAUUCAUGCAGUUCUUGGAGUCAUAUCUAUGCUUGCGUUUGCCGGCUCUCAAAUCAUUGGAUUUAUCCUCAAGAAGAAGCACCGGCAGAAAAUACGCGCUAUAAACAAGCUUGGCUUGGCAGUGGCCGUACUUCUGUUGGUAGCACUGGCUAGUGCAGGGGUUAUUUAUCUUGUUCGGGCAAUUCCCAGCCCGUCUCUGCAAUCAGAGCAGCUAAGCUAA